CAUCAGCCCUUUUGUUCGGACGGUGCUUAAACGACGCUCCAUGGCCUCGCCCGGCUGAUCUCUGCCUUGCCGUCCAUUGAAGAUCCCAUGCCGGCCGCCCAGCAACCACCGGCUAAGCAGCAGCGAAAGGCGCCCAGACGGCAUGUCACGACCGCCUGUCUGGCAUGCCGCGAGUCCAAGAUCAAGUGCGAUGGCGCGCAGCCUAGCUGUGAAAAGUGCAAGGCCAAAGGCAAGGAGUGCAGGUAUUCGCAAGACGAAGACAAAAGGAGGGUCUCACUGCGCAAUGCCAUUGAGAUACUCUCGGCACGCGUCGACCAGCUAAGUCACCACGUCCUCGCCCAUGGCCUGCAACUUCCCCCAAUGGAGCCUGCCCAGGCCGCUCAGCUGGUCCGCAUCCUCGACGUCCUCCGCCUCCCGCAGAGCGCCAUGCGCCGCGCUUCUUCGGCCGACGCGCUAAAUCCGCCCCCAGACCCUGGUACCUCCCUGGAUUUUGCUCCCGCUGGCUUCGACUGGAAUUUGCUUGACCCGCAGACCUGGCCUGUCUCGUAUGCCGCUAACCAGUCCUUCAAUCCUGUCAUCGAGCCCCCACCCGUUCCAAGAGCGUCACUUUCCGAGCCUGUCGUCCCACCGCCGCAGCACCACCUGGCUUCACCCUCUCAAAGCCUGCCGCAACCUGCGACUGGGCAGAAUACGCCGCAAGAUGCUGCAGACAACAGCGAUGACGAAAGCGAAGAUGAACUGAUCAAGCAGAUCUCCGUCCGAAUGGGCUCUCUACAACUUGCCCCGGAUGGACAUUUACGUUACUAUGGCCCAACGUCGUCUCUUGCCCUCCUACGAGACUUUCCAGACACGGACCAUCAUGGAGUCAACCGAUCUGUCCGUUCCCGUGGACAAGCAGCCUUGGAGGCCGCAGGAGUAGGGCAAUCCGUUGACCGUGCCAUAGAAGAGCAUUUAAUAGGCCUCUACUUUGCUUGGCAGGAUCCGUUCUUUCACGUGGUGGAUGAAGUUAUGUAUCGGAUUGGAAAAGAAGAGUGGCGUGUUCAGAAGCAGGAUGUUGCAUAUUACUCAGAGGUACUCACAAACGCAAUGUGCGCCGCCGGCGCUGCGUUCGAUGGUCGCUAUCACCCGAACUUCGUUACCUGGCCAAAGUCUUUGGGCGAGUUCUUCGCGGACCGGGCCAAAGCCCUGCUCGAGCUUGAAAUGGACAGCCCGUGUAUAGCAACAGUACAGGCUUUGGUCAUCCUAGGCGGCCACGAGAUGGCCUGUAAAAGAGAUGCUCGCGGAUGGUUGUACAGUGGCAUGGCUAUGCGAUUGGCCUUCGACCUGGGGCUCCAUCUGGAUAUGACCUCGUACAUAGAAAAGGGGAAGAUGAGCUCUUCUGAAGCCGAACUGCGUCGCACAACUUUCUGGGGAACCUAUGUUGUGGACCACCUCUCUGGAUUUUACUAUGGCCGACCUGUCAGGAUCAACAAUGGCGAGAUAUCAGUCAGCAAGCCUGCCUCUGACCUCACAUCCUGCAUGAUCAAUCCAUGGGUAGCUUACGGCUCUCAAAACGCGCUAGCAUCAGACCCUUCUCUGAGCUUCCAAGUGCCCGUGGAAAUUGUGACUCGACAGUCCGUUGAGUUGUGCGAGAUCAUGGAGCCGCUUGGUCACGUCCUUUAUGGUGUCUCCGAUAUUUCCAAAAAAGACCUUCAGGAACUCUCCUUUCGUGUUACCAACCAAAUGUUUAACUGGAAGGCCAGCCUGCCACCACUUCUCCAGGUCGAUCACCAUGACACUACCACGGCCUAUCUUCCACACGUACUUCUCCUCCACAUGUCCUACCAUCAAUUUAUGAUCUACAUUCACCGGCCAUACGUUUCCAAGACUUACAUCCAGCCCUCACCUCCCCAGGGCCCAGGUCAUGUGCACGCUCAGCAGAUGUGCAUCGAAUCGUCCAUCGCGGUUGCAGAGCUUCUUCGCCUCUACGAAAUUCGGUACACCUUCCGUCGUAUGAACAUCCAAGCUGUUAGCAUAAUCUUCACGACCUCUCUUAUCCUAAUAUUUAUCAUUUGCUCGAAACGCGGGCUCAGCCACUUCAGCAAUUCGAACAAUCUCACGGGCGGUACUAGUGCCGAUGGAGCAAAUGAUGCAGCGUCACACCUUAGCGUAUGUUUCAGGGCGCUAGAGGACUUGACGCAGAGCUACGACUCGGCAAGGCGGACAAGAGAGUUCCUUGUAGCUCUGCAACGCAGGUGGGAGAACCAGAGCCGCGGCUGGAAUUCAGCAGGAAAACGGUUGCCCAAAGACAGAGAUAGGCCACAGCCGGCAGUGCAGCAAGACCAGAAGAGGCCACGGGCAAGCACGUACGCAGUGGGCACUGGUCCCUUGGCCGCAAACCCAACCGCCAAUCGACCAGCAGCCACAGCUGCGGGAGGCUCGGGUGCCGGUACCGGAGAGUUUGAGCUUGAUUGGGGAACCUUUGCAUCGGCGCGCGGAGGAGCAGAUGCACAAAACGCAAGCCCGGAUUCAUUGGGCGAUGACUUGCUGGCUCAACUAUGUUCGAUUGGGCCAGCAGGUGCGCCGUUCUCUUGAUGUAAAGCGUCUCCCCACCACUCGGUUCUCAACCGUACCGUCGUUGCCAGGAAGCACCAUUGCUUCCAGCAUGUGCAACUGCUGCCCCUGCUCUGCCUUUGGCAUAUCAUUGGCAACAUUUGAGUAAUUCCUGGGGAGUAUCUCACCUCUGAAUAUGGGGGAUGAAGAAGCAAAGUUGACGCAGAGCUGUAAUUGCAUAUCCAGUACUUGGUUGCUCUCAUGGCCAUAUUUCAGGACUGUUUAGCCAUGCUAAAUGUCCAGUCUCCGCUUUUGGUUUCCGAUACCAACUUACUAAGUGUACUUUGCUAGUAGGUUGUCGUCUAUCUAGAUGUUGACCUUUACUUCGGUCUACUACUUUACGAACCUUCUCUAGAUCUUGGAAGGCUGUUUGGCGUUAUACCCUUGGUUUUUAAUGAGUUUUCGUGUUAAAUUAGAACUUUGUGAUAAUUUACUUACCACUUUGAAAAAAUCUACUACUGAUUUGCUUCCUCG